UUCAAAGUAGGAUCCUUAACUCCACAAAUGCCAACCUCAAGGAUGAAUAUUUAUCCUUGCUUCCCCUGCCUGACUAAAACUGUUCGAAUACUAUAGAUUAAUUGAUCACAUAAAGUUGAAUAUUAUAAGAUAGGCAUGUGACUGAUCUAUCAUUAGGACCAUUGCAUUUGUGGGCUACUCUUGAUAUGUAUUACCAUAUUACAAGUGGUACUGUCACUUCUAAGGCACUUUCUUAAUAUUGCUAUCCAAGUAUAUUAAUAAUAUACACAUGCACACACAUAUAUAUACACCAAAUACUGAGGCUCAGUUUCGAUUAUAAUUCACUAAGCUCUGGCAGGCUGAGCAAACAGAAUUAAGCUAGAAAUCUAAGCUUGAAUUCACCAAUAUUCUUUAUGCAAUUUCAUCUUCUACCGAGUUGGUCAGGCGUACAUGGAAGCUGAAACCAAUUCUCCAGAAAAUGCAUCUGCUAUGAGUGUCCCGUCGUUUGAGCCAGUUAAAAAUAUUGGAAAUGAAGAAAUAAAUUUUCUACAAGAAAAUAAAAAUGAUGUAAAUACUAAAUAUCUAUUGGUUGAGGAAACAAGGAAAGCAGAUAGUAGCAAGACUGGUGAAAUCUCUGAAACAAUUCCAGCAGAAAUAUGUCAAGAAUCAAGCAAGGGAAUUGGGGAAAGCAAAGAGAAAACUGGUCACCAGCCUGAGGUAUACAGCAUAGAGACAAAUAUCAUAAGGCAUACAGAUUCAGAAGGACUGGUUAAACCGGAAUCAAUACCAAAAUCAAGUGAGCUUGAGGAUGAAUCCACUUCAACAUUUCCUGAAGCGGCAAUAAAACAAGGUGAGAUGGCUGAAAAAAGCUCUGAGAGAGAUACACACGAGGAAGAAGAAUCAACAGCAAUAGAUAAUGACCAGAGCUGUAGACCACAAAGUGAACUUGAGCAAACAAGUACAGAUCUUGAGGCAAUUGAUUUAACCCAACACAUGGGCAAAGACACUGCAAAUAAUGAACAUACUGACCAAUUGGAAGCACCCAGAAUGGAUAAUGUGAUUACAGAGCAUUCCAAUUCAGAAGGAAUGUUGACAAGGGAAAGCAGUAUAAAAUCAAAUCAUGAUGAGGAAGCACUGGAAAAGAUUGCAGAAUCGUACUCUGUUGAUAAUUCAGAAAUAAAAAAUGGUGGAAAAAUCAUGCCAGAGAAUGCAAUAAUAAAAGAACAAGAAAACAACCAAUUGGAAGGAUCAAGCAUGAAGCGUGUGAUUACAAAUUUUGUAACAGAAGGACAUGUGACAUCAGAAAGAACUACAAAAUUAAGUCAUGAUGUGGAUGAACAUAAAACAGUAAAACCACACUCCAUAGAGGAUUUGCAGAAGAAGGAUACAAGUGAAAUCACAUUAGAGGAAACAACAGAUGCCAACCAAUUGACUGAUGCAGAGAUACAAAAAUCAGAAACCAUAGUUGUGUCUGAAGAUAAAGCCCAGCAAACAUUACGCACUGCAAUAUCAGUCAGAAACGAAGCAGUUGAAGAGAGUAGUCAAGAAGAGAUACAUUCAGAAGCAGAAUUAGCAGCGAAAUAUACCAAAGAGAUGCAGAAACCACAAAAUGAAUUCAAUGAGGAAGAGACGAAGCUCGGUGCGGAAAACAAACAGAAACACAAAUCCCAGCCUGCAGCACAGAAUGAGAAGACCGCAUUCAUAAAGCACCCACAUUCAAAUGAAGAGACAGAAGAAAUAAACCCCACUAGAGAAACUGAGGAACAAGAAGUUCUUGCAUCUAAGGCCAACGAGAAACUUGUGACUAUGGAUGAUGGGAAAUUCAAUCAAGAUGAAGCAAAACAAAUUGAAGAUCCACCAAUAUCAAACACUGCAAUAGAAUGUCUACCAGAGGAAGAAGUCAAACCAAAAUUCAUUCCGGCAAUUAUCCAGUGUGCCACAGAACAACUCAAACAGCAACAUAAACUUGACGAUAAUGACCCAGAAGUUAUUGAAAACGACAAGACCUGCAUACCAGAAAAUGAACUUGACAAAAUGCCCACUAUUGUUGAGCAUAUAUUCAAUCAGGAACCUAAUCAACCUGAAACCGAGGCCAACGUCAGCAUAACAAAAGACAAACAAGCUGACAAACAAUCAGAAGAACAUAUUACAUCAAAAAGUUGCACAAAAUUAAGUUAUGAUAUGGAUGAACAGAAGAAAGAAGAACUGCACUCAAUAGAGAAUUUAGAGAACAAGGAUACAAGGGAAAUCAAAUUAGAGACAACAACAGAUGUCAAACAAUUGAUUGAUUUAGUGACACAAAAAUCAGAAAUUGAAGGUGUGCCUGAAGAUGAAGCCCUGCAAUCAUUACCCACUAUAAAGUCAGUUGGAAAUGAAGCAGUUGAUGAGUGUAGUCCAGAAGAAAUACCGCCAGAAACUGAAUUAGUAGUGACAUCCAAAGUGGUGCAGACACCACAAUAUGAAUUUGAUCUGAAAAAGGAAAUUCCCGAGGAAGAGAUGGACCUUAAUUCGGAAAACAAACAAAAAUCAGAAUCUCAGUCUGCAAUGCAAAACAAGGAGAUCACAUUAACAGAGCUACCACAUUCAAAUGAAGUGACGACAGAAAUAAACCUCAUUAAUUGUGCAAAGGAACAAGAAGUUUCAGGAUCUGAUGCUAAGGAGAUAUUAGUGAUCAAGGAUGAUGAGAAAUUCAUUAAAGAGGAAGCAAAAUGGAACGAAGACCCAAGAAAAACACAAUUACCAAACACUACAACAGAAAUUGUCCAACAUGACAAUAUAUCCGAGACGAUUGAAAAUGAUAAGAACUGCAUCCUAGAAAAUGAACUUCAGAAAAUGUCAACUAUUCUUGAGGAACUUGAUCAACCUGGAUCUGAGGCCAAAGUUGGCAUAGUAAAAGAAGAACAAGCAGACAACCAUUUGGAAGGACGUGUGAACCAAGAAAGCAGUACAAAAUUAAGUUAUGAUGUGGAUGAACACAAUAAAGUAGAUCCACACUCGGAGAAUUUAGAGAACAAGGAUGUAAACAAAAUCACAUUAGAGGAACAUACAGAUGCGAAAAAGUUGACUAUUGUGGGAAUAGAAAAAUCUGAAACUAAAGGUGUGCUUCAAUAUGAAGCCCUGCAAUCAUUAUUGAUUGCAGUGACAGUCAAAAACGAAGCAGUUGAUCAGAGUAGUCAAGAAGAGAUACAGCCAGAAACUGAACUGGCAGUGGCAUCCAAAGAGGGAGAGUCGGAGCUCAAUGUGGAAAAUGAACAAAAAAUAGAAUCCCAGCCUGCAAAACCGAAAGAGGAGAUCACAUUCACUGAGCAAAAGCAUUCGGAUGAAGUGACAACAGAAAUAAGCACUAAUGAUACCAUGGAACAAGAAGUUCUAGCAUCUGAUGCCAAGGAGAAUCCAGUGAUAGAGGAGGAUGAUGGAAAAUCCGAUCGAAAGGAAGCAAAAUGGAUUGAAAACCCAAUAAUAGCACAGUUACCAAACACUGCAACCGAAAGUCUACUAGAGAAAGAUGUCAAGCCAAAAUUGUCAAUUCCUACAAAUGUCCAAUGUGACACAAUCCAACUCUCCCAGCAACAACAUGAAGACAUUGAAUUAGAAGCAUUUGAAAAUGACAAGAGCUACAUACCAGAAAAUGAAACUGAUAGAAUGUCAACUGUUGUUGAGGAACCUAAUCAACCUGAAACCAAGGCCAAUGUCAACAUAGUAAAAGAACAAGUAGAUAGCCAAUUGCAAGGACAUGUGACUGAAGAAAGCAGCACAAAAUUAAGAUAUGAUGCGGAUGCACAAAAGACACUUGAACUACACUCCACAGAGAAUUUAAAGGAUGCAAGUGAAAUCACAUUGGCAGAAGCAACAGAUGCUAAACAGUUGACUAAUAUGGAAAUACAAAAACCAAAAAUUGAAGUGUCAGUUGAAAAUGAAGGAGUUGAUGAGAGCAAUCAAGAAGAGAUACAGCCAGAAGCUGAACUGGCAGUAAUAUUUAAAGGAGUGCAGGCACCACAAUAUGAAUUCAAUGUCAAAAAGGAAAUUUCAGAGGGAGAGAUGGAGAUUAAUGUGGAACCACGUUCAGAAUCAGAUGAAGUGCCUACAGAAAUAAACCUCACUCAUGAUACAGAGGAACAAGAAGUUCCAGCAUCACAUGCCAAGGAGAAGCUAGUGAUCAAAGAUUAUAAGAAAUCCAAUCAAGAGGAAGAAAAAUGGAUUGAAGACCCAACAAAAUCACAGUUACCGAACUCUCCAAUAGAAAGUCUAGAAGAGGAAGAAGACCAGCCAAAAGUGCAUAUUCCUGGAGCUGUCCAAUGUGACACAAACCAAUUCUCAGUCCAACAAAAAGUCAACGAGGAUGAAUAUCAAGCAAUUGAAAAUGAUAAGAGUUGCACAUCAGAAAAUGAAUUUGACAUAAAGUCCACCAUUGUUGAGGAAACAGAUCAACCAGAAUCUGAGGCAAAUGUCAGUGUAGUAAAAGAACUAGCAGACAACCAAUCAAAAGAACAUGUGACUUCAGAAAGCAGUACAAAAUUAAAUUAUGAAGUGGAUGAGCAAAGGACAAUAGAAUCACACUCCAUAGAGAAUUUAGAGAACAAAGAUGCAAGUGAAAUCAAAUUAGAGGAAGCAACGGAUGCCAAACAAUUGACUGAUAUGGAGAUACAAAAAUCAGAAUCCGAAGGUAAUCCUGAAGUGGAAGCCCUGCAAUCAUUGCCGACUGUAGUGUCAGUCAGGAAUGAAGCACAUAAUGAGAGUAGUCAAGAUGAGAUACAGCCCAAUGAGGUACAGACCCCACAAUAUGAAAUCGAUGCCAAAAUGGAGGUUCCUGAGGUACAGGGAGAGAUAAAGCUAGGUGCGAAAAAUGAACAGAAAUCAAAUUCUCUUCCUAAAGCACAGAACAAGGAAAUCACAACCACUGAACAACCGCAUUUAGAUAAAGUGACAGCAGAAACAAACCUCGCUAUUGAUACAAUGGAACAAGACGUUCCAAAGUCUGAUGCCAAGGAGAAAUUAGUGAUCAAGGAUGAUGAGAAAUUUGAUCAAGAGGAUGCAAAAUGGAUUGAAGACCCAACAGAAGCAAAGUUACCAGAUACUGAAUCAGAAAGUCUAGUAGAGGAAGAGGUCCAACCAAAAUUGCCGACUCAUGUAGUUGUUGAACAUGACACGGACCAACUCUCAAUGCAACAAAAGCUUGAUGAUGCUGAAUUCGAAGCGAAUGAAAAUGACAAUAGUUGCAUACCAGAAAACGAAUUUGACAUAAUGUCUAACGUUGUUGAGGAACCAGAUCAACCUCAAUCUAUGUCCAACUUCAACAUAGUAAAAGAAGAACAAGCAGAUAACCAAUCAGAAAGACAUGUGACAUCAGAAAGCAGUACAAGAUUAAUGUAUAAUGUGAAUGAACAAAAGACAGAAGAAUCUCACUCGGUAGAGAAUUUAGGGAACAAAGAUGCAAGUGAAAUAACAUUGGAGGGAACCAUAGAUGCCAAACAGUUGACUGGUGUGGAGACACAAAUAUCAGAAACCGAAGGUGUUCCUCAAAAUGAAGCCCUGCAAUCAUUACCUGCCACAGUGUCAGUCAGAAAUGAAGCCCUCAAUGAGAGUAGUCAAGACAAGAUACAGCUGGAAGCUGAAUUGGUGUUGACAUCCAAAAAAAUGCAGACACCACAAUAUGAAUUUGAUGCAAAAAAGGAGAUUCUAGAGAUGGAGCUCAGUGCGGAAAAUGAACAGAAAUCAGAAUGUCAGCAUGCAGCACAGAACGAGGAGAUCACAUUCACUGAGGAACCACAUUCAGAUGAAGUGAUCGCAAAAAUAAACCUCCCCAACAAUACAAUGAAUCAAGAAGAAGUUCCGACAUCUAUUGCCAAGGAGAAAUUAGUUACAGAAGAUGAUGGGAAAUCUGAUCAAGAAGAAAAAUGGGUUGAAGACCCAACAAAAGCACUAUUUCCAAACCCUGCAAUAGAAAGACUACCAGAAGAAGUCCGGUUUAAAUUUCCAUAUUCUGCUGUUGUCCAACAUGACACAGACAACCUCUCAGAGCAACUCAAAUUUGACGAUGAAUCAGAAGUGAUGGAAAAUGACAACAGCUGCAUACCAGAAAAUGAACUUGAAAUAAUGUCCACUGUUGUUGAGGAACCUGAUCUACCUGAAACAGAGGGCAACAUCAGCACAUUAAAAGAAGAACAAGCAGACAACCAAUCAGAAAGACAUGUGACAGAUAGCAGUACAAAAUUAAGUUAUGAGGAUGAACAGAAAACAGUACAAUCACGCUCUAUAGAGAAUUCAGAGAACAGGGAUGCAACUGAAAUCACAUUAGAGGAAGCAACAGAAGCCAAACAGUUUACUGAUGUGGAAAUAGAAAAACUCGAAACCAAAUUUUACUUGAAAACCAAAGGCAAGAUAAAACGUGUUCCUGAAGAAGAAGCUCAGCAAUCAUUACCCACUGCAGUGUCAAUUGGACAUGAAGCACAUAAUGAGAGUAGUCAAGACGAGAUACAGCUAGAAGCUGAAUUGGAAUCUACAACCAAAGAGGUGCAGCCACCACAAUAUGAAUUCAAUGCCAAAAAGGAGAUUCCUGAGGGAGGGACAGAGCUCAGUGUGAAAAAAGAACAGAAAUCAGAAUCACAGCCUGCAGCACAGAACAAGGAUAUCACAAUCACUGAGGUCCCACAUUCAGAUAAAGUGACCACAGAAAUAAACCCCACUAUUGAUACAAAGGAACAAGAAGUUCCAACUACAUUUGAUCAAGAGGUAGCAAAAUGGAUUGAUGACCCAACAAAAGCACAGUUACCGAACAGUGCAACAGAAUGUCUAUCAGAGGAAGUCCAGCCAAUAUUCUCAAUUCCUGCAGUUGUCCAAUGUGACAACGAAAAACUCUCACAGAAACAAAAUCUUGACAAUGAUGAAUCAGAUGCUAUUGAAAAUGGCAAGAGCCGCAUAUCUGAAAGUGAACUUAAAAGAACAUCCAUUGUUGUUGAGGAGCCUGGUCAACCUGAAUCUGAGACCAACAUUUGCAUAGUAAAAGAACAAGCCAACAACCAAUCAGAAGGACAUGUAGCAGAAAGCAGUACAAGAUUAUAUUACAAUGCGGAUGAAUGGAAGACAGUAGAAUCACACUCCGUAGAGAAUUUAGAGAAAAAAAAUGCAAGUGAAAUCACAUUAGAUGAAGCAACAGAUGCCAAACAGUUGACUGAUGUGGAGAUACAAAAAUCAGAAACCAAAAGUGUGCUUGAAGAUGAUUUACUGCAAUCAUUGCCCACUACAGCAUUGGUUGUAAACAAAGCAGUUGAUGAGAGAAGUCAUGAAGGGAUACAGCCAGAAGCUGAAUUGGAAGAAGUGCAAACACCACAACAUGAAUUUGAUGUCAAAAUGGGGAUUCCUAAGGGAGAAGAGAAACUUAGAGUGGAAAAUGAACAGAAACCAGAAUCCUAUCUUGCAGCACAGAACAUGGAGAUUACAUUAACUAAGCAAACGCAAACAAAUGAAGUGACAGCAGAAACAAACAUCACUAUUGAUAUAGAGGAUCAAGAAGUUCCAAAGUCUGAAGCCAAGAAGAAACUAGUGAUCGAGGAUGAUGGGAAAUUAGAUCAAGAGGAAGAAAAAUUGAUUGAAGACCCAACAAUAGCACAAUUACCAAACACUGCAACAGAAAGUCUACCAGAGGAAGAAGUCCAGCCAAAAUUGUUGAUUCCUGCAGUUGUCGAACAUAACACAGAUCAACUCUCACAGAAACAAAAACUGGACAAUGAUGAAUUAGAAGCGAUUGAAAAUGACAAAAGCAGCAAACCAGAAAAUGAACUUGACAGAAUGUCCACUGUUGUUGAGGAACAAGAUCAAACUGAAACCGAGGCCAACGUCAACAUAGGAAAAGAAGAACAAGCAGACAACCAAUCGCAAGGACAUGUGACACCAAAAUGCAGUGCAAAAUUAAGUUAUGAUGCAGAUGAACAUAAUACAAUAAAACCACACUCCAUAGAAAAUCUUGAGAACAAGGAUGCACAUGAAAUCACAUUUGAAGAAGCAACAGAUGCCAAACAGUUGACUGAUCUGGAGAUACAAAAAUCAGAAAUCGAAGGUGUGCCUGAAGAUGAAGCCAUACAAUCAUUUCCCACCGCUGCAUCAGUCAGAAAUGAAGCAUUUGAUGAGAGUAGUCAAGAAUGGAUACAACCAAAAGCUGAAUUGGUAACAACAUCCAGAGAGGAAGAGACAGAGCUCAGUGAGGAAAAUGAACAGAAAUAUGAAUCCCAGCUUCCAACACAGAACAAGGAGAUCACAUUCACUCUGCUGCCACAUUUAGAGGAAGCGACAGCAGAAAUAAACCUCACUAAGGAUACAAAGGAACGAGAUGAAGUUCCCACAUCUGAUGCACAAGAGAAACUAGUGUUCGAGGACGAGGGGAAAUCCAAUCAAAAGGAAGACAACUGGAUUGAAGAACAAACAAAAGCGCAAUUACAAAACAUUGCAACAAAAAGUCUAUCAGAGGAAGAAGCCCAGCCAAAUUUGCCAACUCCUGCAGUUGUCCAACGUGACACAGACCAACUCUCACAGCAACAAAAACUUGAAGAUGAUGAAUCAGAAAUGAUUGAAAAUGACAAGACUUGCAUAGCAGAAAAUGAACUUGAAAAAAUGUUGACUAUUGUUGAGGAACCUGAUAAACCUGAAACAGAGGCUAUCGUCAAGAUUGUAAAAGAAGAACAAGCAAACACCCAAACAGAAGGACAUGUGACAGCAGAAAGCAAUACAGAAUUAAGUUAUGAUGUGAAUGAAAAGGAGACAGUAGAACCACACUCCGUAGAGAAUUUAGAGAACAAGGAUGCAAGUGAAAUCACAUUAGAGGAAGAAACAGAUGCAAAACAGUUGACAGAUGUGGAGAUACAAAAGUCAGAAACCAAAGGUGUGCCUGAAGAAGAAGCCCGUCAAUCAUUGUCCACUGCAGUGUCAGUCGAAAAUGAAGCAGUUGAUGGGAAUAGUCAAAAAGAGAUACAACCAGUAGCUGAAUUGAAAGUGACAUCCAAAGAGGAAGCUACGGAUCUCAGUGAGGGAAAUGAACAGAAAUCAGAAUCCCAGCUUACUGCACAGAAAAAGGAGAUGUCAUUCACUAAGAAACAACAUUCAGAGGAAUUGACCGCAGAAAUAAACCCCACUAAUGAUACAAAGGAACAAGAAGAAGUUCCAGCAUCUGAUGCCAAGGUGAAACUAGUGAUUGAGGGUGAUGGGAAAUCUGAUCAUGAGGAAGCAAAAUGGAUUGAAGACCCAACAAAUGCACAAUUAACAAACACUGCAACAGAGAGUCUACCAAAGGAAGAAGUCCAGCCAAAAUUGCCGAUUCUUGCAGCUGUCCAUCAUGAAACACACCAACUCUCACAGCAACAAAAACUAGACAAUGAUGAAUCAGAAGCGAUUGAUAAUGACAUGAGUUGCAGACCAGAAAACAAACAUGACAGAAUGUCCACUGUUGUUGAGGAACCUGGUCAACCUGAAACCAAGGCCAACACGAGCAUAGUAAAAGAAGAACAUGCAGACAACCAAUCAAAAGAACAUGUGAUAGCAGAAUGCGGUGUGCUUGAAGAUGAAGACCUACAAUCAUUGCCUACUACAACAUCAGUUGGAAACGAUGCAGUUAAUGAGAGUUGUCAAGAAGAGAUACAGCUUGAAGCUGAAUUAAUAAUGACAUAUACCAAAGAGGAGCAGAUACCACAAGAAGAAUUCGAUGCAGAAAAAGACACUCCUGAGGAAGAGACAUGCCAACUCAAUGUGGAAAAUGAACAGAAAUUAGAAUCCCAGACUGCAGUAAUGAACAAGGAGACCACAUUCAUAGAUCAUCCAUAUCCGGAUGGAGAAACUGAAGAUGUAAACCCCUCUAAAGAUAAACAGGAACAAGAGGUUCCAUCUUCUCACACCAAGGAGAAAGUGGUGAUCAAGGGUGAUGAAAAUUUUGAUCAAAUGGAAGCAAAAGGGACAGAAGAAGCAACAAAAAUGCAGUUACUAAACACUGAAAUAGAAAGACUGCCAGAAGAAGAAGUCCAGCCAAAACUCCACAAUCCUGCAAUUGUCGAAGAUGACACUGAACAAAUCUUACAGAAACAAACACUUCAGGACAAUGAAUCAGAAGCAGUUGAUACUGCAGACAACGACAUACCCAAAAUCAUAAUUGACAAAAUGUCCACUGUUGUUGAGGAACCUAAUAAACCUGAAACCAAGCCCAACGUUGGCAUAGUAAAAGAAGAACAAGCAGACAACCAAUCAGAAGGAUCAAGCAUGCAAAGUGUGACUACAAAUUUUGCAGCAUCAGAAGGACACGUGACAUCAAAAAGCAGUACAAAAUUAAGUUAUGAUGUGGAUGAACAGAAGAUGGUAAAACCACAAUCCAUUGAGAAUUUAGAGAACAAGGAUGCAAGUGAUAUCACACUAGAGGAAGUGACAAAUGCUAAACAAUUGACUGAUGAGAUACAAAAAUCAGAAAUUGAAGAUGUGCCUGAAAAUAAAGCCCUGCAAACAUUAACCACUGCAGCAUCAUCAGUCAUAAACGAAGCAGUUGGUGAGAGUAGUCAAGAAGAGAUACAGUCAGAACAAGAAUUAGCAGUGACAUAUACCAAAGAGGUGCAGACACUCCAAUAUCAGUUCGAUUUGAAAAAGGACAUUCAUGAGGAAGAGACAUGUCAGCUCAGUGCAGAAAACAAACAUAAAUCAGAAUCAAAAUCUGCAGUGCAGAACGAGGAGACCACUUUCACAAAGCAACUGCAUUCAGAUGGAGAGGCUGCAAAAAUAAACCCCAAUAAUGAUACAGAGGAACAAGAUGUUCAAGUGUCUUAUGCCAAGGAGCAACAACAGAUCAAGGAAGAUGGUAAAUUUGAUCAAGAGGAAGCAGAUGGAAUUGAAGAAGCAAAUAAAGUGUCAUUACUAAACAUUGCAACAGAAAGUCUACCACAUGAAGAAGUCCAACCAAAAUUGGCCACUCCUGUUAUUGCCCAAGGUGACACCAAUCAAAUCUUACCGCAACACACACUGCACAAGAAUGAAGGAGAAGUGGUUGAUAAUGCCAAGAAAUGCAUACCAGAAAAAGAACUUGACAGAAUGUCCAUUGUUGUUGAGGAACAUGAUCAACCUGAAACCAAGGCCAAUGUCAUCUUAGUAAAAGAAGAACAAGCGUACCAUCAAUCAGAAGGAUCAAGCAAGCUGAGUGUGAUUACAAAUCACAUAACUGCAGAAGAACAAGUGCAAUCAGAUAGCAGUACAAAUUUUAGUUAUAAUGUGGAUGAACAGAAGAAAGAAGAAUCACACACAGUAGAGCAUUUAGAGAACAAGGAUACAAGUAAUAUAACAGAAAACAAGGCAAAAGAUGCCAAACAACUACUUAAAGUGGAGGGACAAAAAUCAGAAACCAAAGGUGUGCCAGAAGAUAAAGUGCUGCAAAUAUUACCGAACAAAGCAUCAGUUGGAAACGAGGCGAUUGAUGAGAGUAGUCAAGAAGAAGAGAGACAACUAGAAGUAGAUUUUGCAGUGAUAUUUACAAAAGAGGUCCGGAAACCACAAUAUGAAUACGAUGCAGAAAAAGACAUUCCUAAGGAAGAGACAUGCCAGCUCAAUGCAGGAAAUGAACAGAAAUCAGACUCCCUGCCUGCAGUAAAGAACGUGGAGAACACUUUCAUAAAGCAACCAUAUUCAUAUGGAGAAACUGCAGAAAUAAAGUCUAGUAAUGAUACUGAGGAACAAGAAAAUUUUCCAUCAUCUCAGGUGAAGGAGAAACUAGGGAUUGAGGAUGAUGGAAAAUUCCAUGGGGAGGAAGCAAAAGGGAUUGAAGAAGCAGCUAAAAUGAAGUUACUAAUCUCUGCAAUAGAAAGCCUACCAAAGGCAGAAGUCCAGCCAAAAUUGCCCACUCCUGCAAUCGCCCAAGGUGACACUGAUCAAAUCUUACAUCAACAAACACUUCAGGAUGAUGAAUCAGAAGCAAUAGAUAAUGCCAAGAGCUGCAUAUCAGAAAACAAACUUCAAAGAAUGUGCAUUGUCAUUGAGGACCCUGAUCAACCUGAAGCCAUGGCCAACAUCAGCACAGUAAAAGAAGAACAAGCUGACCACCAGUCAGAAGCAUCAAGCAUGCAGAGUGCGAUUACAAAUUAUAUAAAUGCAGAACUUGUGACGUCACAGAGCAAUACAAAAUUAUGUUACAAUGUGGAUGAGCAGAAGACAGUAGACGCACACACGGUUAGUAAUUUAGAGAUCAAGGAUGCAAAUAAUAUCACAGCAGAGGAAGCAACAGAUGCUAUACAAUUGACUGAAGUGGAUAUACAAAAAUCAAAAAUCGAAAGUGUGCAUGAAGAUACAGCCCCAAAAACAUUAUCAAAUGCAGCAUCAAUUGAUAACGAAGCUGUUGAUGAACAUAGUCAAGAAGAAAUACCACUAGAAGCAGAAUUCGCAGUGACACAUAUCAAAGAGCUGAAGACACCAGCAUAUGAGUUUAAUGCAAAAAAGGAUAUUCCUCAGCAAGCAAUUGAUCAACUUGAAAACAUGAACAAGGUUGGUGAAGAUAUUGAAGAACAUUCUGACCACCGACUAGAAGCAUCAAGCAUGCAGGGAGUGAUUGCAAAGCAUAUCAAUGAAGACGACAGUGAGAUUUCAGAAGGCAAAAUAAAAUCAUGUUAUGAUGUGGACAGAAUGGAGAAUAUUGUAGAAUUACACUUGAUCAAGAAUUUACAGAGACAAGAUGGUUGCAAAAACAUGGAAGAGGAAGCAACAAAUAAGAGACAAUUGACUGACUUGGAGAUACAAAAAUAUGAAACUCAAGGCGUUCCUGAAGAUAAGGCCCUGCAAACAUUACUCAGUACAGCAUCUGCCAGUAUUGAAGAAGUUGACAAAAGCAUUCGACCGACACACACAGAAGCAGAAUUAGCUGUGACAAAUACUAAAGAGGAGCAGAUAUCAGAAAAUGAGUCCGAGGUGAUUAAGGAAGUUUCUGAGUAUAUUUUAAAAAAGGCAUUGCAUCUGCACAAAGUGACAUGCCAAACCAGUGCAGGAAAUGAACAGAAAGAUGAACUCCUACCUGAACAGCACAGCCAGGAGUCUAUACUUACAAAGCAUCCAAAUUUGGAAGGAGAGACCAUAGAAAUAAAACCGACUAAUGAAACUGAAGAACUUGAAAAGGUUCCGGUAUCACAUAUGGUAGAGAGAUUAGAGAUCAACGAUGAUGGGAAUUCCAUACAAGAGGAAGAAAAGGAGAUGGAAAAAGCAGUUGAAAGGCAGUUACUUGAAACUGUAACAGAAAGUGUACCAGAAGAUGAAGCCCAGACAACCAUUCCCGAAUCCACAAUUUUUAAAGGUGAAAUGAUUGAGGGAAACGUUCAGGAACAAACACUUAUGGGAGAGGAAUCAGCAGCAAUAGAUAACAAUAGUGGCACACCAGAAAAUGAACUUGAGCAAAUGGCUAAUGUUGUUGAGACAAUUGAUCAACAUGAAACCAUGGAGAAUGUAAUUACCAAGCAUAUCAAUUCAGAAGGAACGGUCACAACAAAAAAUAGUUCAAAAUCGACUAAUGAUGUGGAAGAACUGGAAAAGGCUCUCAACUCAGACUCUAUAGACAACUCAGAAAUCAACAAUGGUAGAAAAAUCAUUCCAGAGGAAGAAUCUGCUAUGAAAGAAACCACUGAUGUACCUGAGGGUAAAGCCAUCUCAACUUCGUCUAGCAGACCAUCUUUAGGAGUUGAGAUAGUUGAGGAAAGCAUACAUGAAGAAAUACAAAAGGAAGCUGAACCAGCAGUAACCAAUGCUAAAGAAGUGCAGAGACCAGACAAUGAUUUUGUGAAGAACAUGGAAGUUCUUGAGGCAUUUGAUUUACACAAAGCGUCAGGCAACACCUGUGUGGAAAAUGAAAAGAAAGCUGAAGUUCAAUCUGAAACAAAGAGCCAGGAGACCCUGAUUAUAAAGAAUCCAAAUUUAGAAGGACUGGAAACUGCAGAAGCAAGUCCAAGUAAUGAUACUAAUGAACUUGAAAAGGAAACUGAAAUUGCCAAACUCAGAGGUGUCUCUGAAUCAGAAUCUGCAGAUAUCACAGAGAAAACAGACACAGGAAAUCUGGAAAAUCAAGAGGCUGAAACCACUCAAUUAAGCAACACAAAGGACGAUGAAGGAGGAGAAGAAUUCGAAAAAAUAAGCCCAUCAUCUAGUAUCAGUGUCAUAUCCAGGGACUCUCAAGACACUGACACGAAAGUUUCACACAAAAAAUCUCAUGGCAUCCUAUCCGGUGUAGGGUCAAAGGUGAAGCACUCAAUUUCCAAAGUGAAGAAAGCCAUUACAGGCAAAUCUUCACACCAGAAAACAUCAUCACCAAAAGAAACUAAGUGACUUAUUAGACAACUACACGCUGCUGUUGUAAAUAGAAAAGACAGAUUCUUGAAUAUUUUAUUGGGUUUGUUUCUUUUGUUGAGGAAUUGGAUUGAUUUGCUUCAUUGAUGUAUUGUUUGGUUGGUUACUGGUUUUGAAUUAUUAUAUCUUGAGGAGGAUCUAUUAUCCUCCUAACUCAGUGUAAUGUAAUAAUAUUCAUUUUGUUUUAAAGAA